UCAUGUCUUAUUUUUUAGUUAAUUAAGAUUAUUCAAAUAUUAGAAAACGCUUAUGCUGUUUGUGAUCAUGAAAGUAAUGUGAAUAUUUAUGUUGAUUCCUUGUAUAAUGGUUGUUUGCGUACAAUGGCCAAACGUAAGAAACCUGUAGGAAAACCCGCCUCUACGCCUAGACGUACGACUCGACGCACUAAACAAGGAGAUAACGAAGUGCCUUCAACCUCAGCUGCCGCGGAAGGCGACCCUUCGGUCGAGCCUAGUACGUCGGGAACCACAAACAGUCAAGAUUUUACACAACCGGCAACCUCAACUGAAUCUUCUGCUUUAAUAGAUUUGUCUGGUACCACUACUGUGAAGACUUCUCAUACUCCAGUAGUGGCAUUGCACAAAAAAUUCGGAAAAUAUCGUCUAUUUAAUAAUGAAGAAUCAUUUGUUAGGAAAUAUGAAGUUGGUAGUGAUAGUGAAACAAAUAGCAGUGUAGAGAUUAGGGUUGUUGAUCUGUGUGCUAGCUCAGAGUCUGACUCUAAUGCCUUAGACACACAAUCGGACACGAACAGUGGAGCCUGCUGUAGUCCAAUGAAUAGUUCUGUUAAUGCAUCACAAAGUCAUGAUAGUUCUAGAGAUAUUUCACCUGUACCAAUGGUGAAUGACACAUUGAUAAUUCAAAAUCUUCCAAAGGAUAAGGUACAUCAAAUUGAAAAAAUGGAAUCGGAAGCAGCUUCUACAUUGGUACCAGUGCCACCAGAUUUGGGAGAAAAGUCAUUUAUGGAACAAUUAAACAUUGAUACAAGUAUCAGUUCAGAUGUAUGUUCCAAUCAGGUGAAUCCUCUUGCACAGAACAUUCCAUUGGCUGAUGAGCAAAUAGAGCAGGUGGAGUUUGCUGGUGAUGAUGAUGAAGUUAUCACUAUUGUGCAAAUAGUGGAAGAUGAUAAUCCUGAAUUAUAUUAUAACAUUCAAAUAGAUAGUCCAAAAGAUCAGACAACACUUACACAUAAUGAGGAUAAAGAAAUUUAUAAAAAGCAUGAUGUAGACUUUCAAACACAUUUCGAGAAUCUCAAUCUAGAUACUUCCCAUGAGCAGAUAAAUUUGCAAAUGGGUUGUAGAAUACCUCAGUGUGAUACUCCUGAUUUGCAGUUUUUGAAGGAAGGUUUUGGUGAACCAUUAUUGAGACCUGACCCUAGCUUAACUCCUAGUUCUACACUAUCUGAUGACAGCAAUUCCUCUAGAGCCACAGAAGUUAAUCAAAAUAAUUCAAAUGAUUCUGCAGAGUCAUCUCCAACAGGAGUUCGGCGAUCUAGCCGUAUAAAAACAAUUAGCAACAUGAAACAGAAAACUAAGGGUUAUGGAUUAGUAAAAACUCCUUUAAAGAAAGCUUUAAUUAUGCAAACAAAGUUAAAACUAGAGGAGAUGAGUUCUGAUAGUCAAGAAAAGUCUAAUGAUAUCUCAAUUACUGCACCUAACUCUCCAUCAUUUCCUGUACCUUCUGACAUGCCAGUUAAAGUUAAAUCUAGGUGGCGUAGAUCUAGUGAGCUUGAAAUGGGAACAAAUUCUCCAGCCAGUUCACCAUUGGCGAGCCCUAAUUUGCCUCAGCGUUUGCAACCUGUUGCUGAGAGUGCUGAUCUCCAAGAAGAUGAACCUGUUGUCACACCAUUAACUAUGGAAGCAUAUGAUAAAAUAAUUGAAGAGAGGAUGAACCAGUAUGAACAUUUAGAAGAGAAUGAGUAUUUAUGUGAAAGAAUGAUUAGCAGAGAGACUAAAAAGAUGACUUGUGACUGUUUCAUGACCAAAGAAGAAUUAGAUCGCGGGGAAUUAGCUUGUGGUGAAGACUGUUUGAAUAGAUUACUAAUGAUAGAAUGUAAUUCUCGAUGUCCUGUUGGUGAUCGGUGUACAAAUAGAAGAUUUCAGAAAAUGCAAAAUGCACCUUUAAAAGUGUUUUAUGCUGACAAGAAAGGUUGUGGAGUAGAGGCUGGUGUGGACAUACCACCGGGCGAGUUCUUAAUGGAGUAUGUAGGUGAAGUUUUAGACUAUGAACUUUUCUACAAACGCGCUCAAGCCUACUCUGAUGUGAACAACCUUCAUCACUACUUUAUGUCGUUAAAAGGCGACACGGUCAUCGACGCCACAGUCAAAGGCAAUAUAUCGCGGUUCAUAAACCACUCAUGCGAACCUAAUGCGGAAACACAGAAGUGGACCGUGAACGGGGAGUUGAGGAUAGGCUUCUUCAGCAAGAGAGAUAUAGUAGCAGGUGAAGAAAUCACAUUUGAUUACCAGUUUCAGAGGUUUGGAAAGGUGGCCCAGCGUUGUUAUUGCGGCGCUAACAACUGCCGCGGCUGGAUUGGAGCUGAGCCUGAUUCAGAUGAUGAAGACUAUGAAGAGGAGGAGGAAGAUGUAUCGACCUCCAAGUCUGGUACAGCCCAGUUAACUGAAGAGUCUCAAGUUGCCGACGCACACGCUGAACUGCCUCACCCGCAGCAACGGAAGAGUAAGAGAGAACGCAAGUACAAACCCAAAGUGAAGGAUUUGGUUCAGGAUGCUGAUAUCGAAGAGGACCUCGAGGCUCUGAGUCGCACGGGUGUGAAGAAUCAGAGCCACACACUGCGCUUGUCGCGAACGGUGGUGAGGGCGAAGACUCGGCGCGCGCAGGCUCGCCUGCUGCGACUGCUGCGUGACGCCGACCUGCCGUGCCGCCGGCUGUUCCUCGACUACCGCGGCCUGCGACUGCUGGCGCCCUGGUGUACCGACGCCACACUCAACUUCAGAUUGGAGAUGCUGCAGACAGUGGAUAGAUUGCCAAUUACAAAUAAGACAAUGGUACAAGAAAGUCGCUUCUUUACGAUCGUCGAACGCUGGUUGAACACGACAGAUGUGCCACAGGACCAAGUGUUUAUUGAUGAAGCUACUGGUUUACCAGUAGAACUGCCAAAUAGGGAUGGAGAGGAAGACACUGCAGCGGUUGCCGACAGAAGUAGAGAACAUGCAACCAUGUUAGAAAAAAUGAAGGACUUAUCCAGUCAGUUGUUAGAAAGAUGGUCCAGUUUGAAAGAAGUUUUCAAAAUACCAAAGAAAGAACGAAUUCAGCAAAUGAAAGAACACGAGCGGCAAGCGAACAUCGAACGUCGGGCGGCUGAUUCUAGUGGAGCGCGAGAUCGAGAUCGCGACCGUGAGCGCAGAGACGACCGGGACCGGCGCGAAGAACGAGACAGAGACAAGGAGAGGGACAGAGAACGAGACCGCGACAGGGAGCGGGAGCGGACAGACAGGGAGCGAGAGCGAGGCGACAGGGACCGCGACCGCGGCGAGCGGGACAGGGACAGGCACAGGGAGCGAGACAGAGAUGACAGAGACAGGAGAAAAAGAAGGGGAAGUCCUGACGGUAGAAGAAGUAUAAGGCUGAGCGAGCGCGUGUUAGCUGCGGUGCCUCCACUGAGCAAAGAGGAGCGGCGGCGAGCGUUCGCGGAAGCUGCGGCGGCUGCAGAGGACAGUCGCCGCACUCGACCGCCGCCCGCCUGGCCGCCCUACUGGCCGCAACACCCGCACCCGCCGCGGGACUCCUACGCACAGAUGUUCCCGGGUGGUCUGAUGGGCAUGGUGCCCGAAAUGACCGGGGAGUGGUUGCCUGAGUUCCCACCGCCGUUCUGUCCGCCGCCCUUCGGCGGCCCGCAGUCCUACUGCAUGCCGCAACACAAUUUGAUGGGUAUGAGCGGUUUUGGAAUGGGCCGCUUCAUGUUUGGACAGCAGAUGCCGGCGUAUCCCCAUCCGCCACCGCAACAACACGACUUGUCACAGGGCCUGGCUCCGAUGGCUACGGACGGGUCACAGUGUGUAGAGGCGGGAGCGGGUACGACAGGCGCGGGUGCACAGGCGGAGGCGGGUGAGGGGCCAGUAUUGCCGUCGCUAUGGCGCAGCGCGGUGGACGACCGCGGCCGGCGAUACUAUUACCACGUCAAGCUCCGACAACCGCAGUGGCUGCCGCCGCCGCCUCAACACCCGGAAGUGAGUUCAUCUGAAGAGGAGGAAGAGCAAAUUCCGUCAGUUGAAUCUCCGAUUAUGAGCAGACGCGCUAAAGGGAAGGUUGUUGAAGGUGUCAACGGAAUUUAUGAAGUAAUAAAAGAAGACUCGCAUAAUGGCUUAAUUCCUGACCAUGCGUUGAUCACAAUAAAGCCGCGGAAACGACGGCCGGGACUGGUGUCCGAGCGACCGAUCAGUCCACGCACAGAGGAAGAUAAGUUAGCCGGUCGACUGGAAGUAAAGCGGUACAAACAGACGAAAGAGAAACUGCGCCGUAGACGUGAACGACUCAUGCAGAAAGUACGGCUAUUGGCUACUGCUAAACGUGGAAAGGAACUUUCUCUUCCAGAACUUAAGAUGGUGGAUCUGGCGGAUUCGGACACCGACUCGGACCUAUUGUCGGACGAAGAGGACAAGCCAGCGGAGGAGCCAGUGGAGGAGGCGGUAGUGGUAGCGGAGGAGAGCCCGAGCCCGAGCCCGAGUCCGGCCGAGGCGGAGGAGAUGGCGCGCCGACGCAAGGAGCAGUUCCGCAGCAGCAUGGCGCGCGUCAUGGUGCAGCACCUCAACCCGUACCGGCGGUCAGACGCGCCACUCGGACGCAUCACCUGCACUGCCGACUUCAAACACCUCGCCAGGAAGCUCACGCAUUUCGUAAUGUUGAAAGAGCUCAAACAUUGUCAGUCAGUAGAAGAGUUGGUGGUUACCGACUCUGUUCGAACCAAAGCGAAGACUUUCGUCAAGAAGUACAUGGCGAAAUUCGGGCCUGUUUAUACGCCGCCUGAGGAAGCGGAUUAA